AUGUCUGCCAAAGGUCCUGCCAUUGGCAUUGAUCUGGGUGCCAUCUACUCAUGUGUGGGUAUCUUCCAGCAUGAAAGUGUAGAGAUCAUCGCCAAUUACCAAGGCACCCGUACCACCCCAAGUUAUGUAGCUUUCCCAGACAGCGAACGCCUCAUCGGGGAGGCUGCUAAGAACCACGAGGCCAUGGACCCCAUCAACACCAUCUUUAAUGCCAAGAAGCUGAUUAGUCGCAAGUUUGAUGAUGCCACAGUUAAGUCACAUAUGAAGCACUGGCCUUUCCAAGUGAUUUGUGAAAAAGGAAAGCCCAAAAUAAUGGCAAAAUAUAAAGGUGUUAAUAAGACUUUUUUCCCAGAGGAGAUCUCUUUCAUGGGUCUAAGCAAGAUGAAGGAGUUUGCCAAAGCCUAUUUAGGGAAAAAAGUAGAACAUGUGGUAAUUACUGUUCCAGCUUACUUCAGUGAUUCACAGCAUCAGGCCACCAAGGAUGCAGGGACCAUUGCUGGUCUCAGCGUCCUGAGAAUCAUUAAUGAGCCCAUGGCCACAGCCAUAGCCUAUAGCCUGGACAAAAAAAGAAGCUUUAAACAAGGGAAAAACGUGCUGAUCUUUGACUUGGGUGGUGGCACCUUCGAUGUAUCCAUCCUAAACAUGCACGAAGGCAUCUUCGAAGUAAAAUCCACAGCUGGUGACACCCACCUGGGUGGGGAAGAUUUUGACAACCGGAUGGCGAACCACCCGAUUAAAAAGUUCAGAUGCAAACACAAGAAGGAGGUAACCUCUGACAAGUGGGUAGUGUGCUGCCUCAGGAUCACCUGUGAGAAUGCAAAAUACCUCUUGAGUUUCUCUGCUCACGCUGGCAUUGAAAUUGGUUCAUUCUACGAGGGUGUGGAUUUCUACACUUUCAUGUCCUGUGCCCUCUUCGAGGUGCUCAAUGCUGACCUCUUCCGUGGAACCCUGAAGCUAGUAGAGAAGGCUCUGAAGGAUGCUAGCCUUGACAAGAGCCAGAUUCAUGAAAUUGUGCUGGUGGGUGGGUCUCCUUAUAUCCCUAAGAUCCAGAAGUUGCUGAAAGAUUUCUUCACUGGAAAGCAGCUCAACAAGACCAUCAACCCUGAUGAGGCCGUGGCAUAUGGUGCAGCUGUGCAAGCAGCUGUUCUCAUGGGUGACAAAUCAGAAAAUGUGCAAGGUCUCCUGCUCUUUGAUGUCACCCCUCUCUCUCUAGGCAUUGAAACAGCAGGGGGUUUUAUGUCACCUUUGAUCAAGAGAAACACCACCAUUCCUACGAUGCAAACUGAGAUGUUCACAACCUACCUUGACAACCAGACUACUGUCUUGGUGAAAAUGUUUGAGGGAGAAAGGGCUUUAGAUAAAAGUAAUAUACUGCUAGGCAAUGUUGAACUUACUGGGAUCCCUCCAGCUUACCGUGGCAUCCCCGAAAUCCAGGUAACCUUCAACAUAGACUCCAAUGGCAUUCUCAACAUCACUGCUGGUGACAAAAGUAUAGGCAGGAAGAACAACAUCCCCAUUACUAAUGACAAAGGCAGUCUCAAAGAUGAUAUUGACCAGAUGGUUGCAGAAGCAGAAAAAUAUAGAUUAGAAGACGAAGCCAAUAGAGAUAGGGUGGAAGGCAGAAAUUCUAUGGACUCCUACAUCUUUGAUGUCAUACAAACAGUGGAAAAUAAUGAUAGGAGAAUCAAAUAUGGAAAAGAAGAUAGAAAGAUGAUUCUUGAAAAGUGCUGGGAAGUGUUAAACUGGAUCGAGUGCAAUCAAAUGGCUGAAAUAGAGGAGUACAAGCAUAAGCAGAAAGAGCUUGAAAGAAUUUUCAACCUGAGUUUUAUCAAGGUUUGUUUCUCAGUACGAUCUGGCCGCUGCAACACCUACAGCUCAGAGGAGCCUAGGUCAAGUACUGAUGAAGUGGACUAA